CAGGUUUUUUGGAUUGAGUUAUGCGCACGCUGCGUGCUCUCGGAUUAAAGUGCCCGUACUUUCGUCCGCAUUGUAAACCACCAAUGCCCGGGGAAGGAAUGGCCAUCUGAUAGCGCAACAGUUAGUUUUCUGAGAUCUCAGACUUCGGGAGAACGGGAGGACGGGUAGGAGCAGCUCGCAUUUUGGGGGAGAUCAUGGCGGCGGCCGCGGUGGAGGUGAGUGCGAGUAGCGGCAGUAGUGACACAUCGAGCACCGGCGAAGAGGAGAGGAUGAGGCGGCUGUUCCAAACGUGCGACGGGGACGGAGACGGAUAUAUUAGCAGGAAUGAUCUGCUGAUGGUGUGCAGGCAGCUAAACAUGGAAGAGUCCGUGGCGGAGAUCAUGGACCAGCUGGGCGCGGACGAGCGGGGCAAGAUCUCCUUCGAGGACUUCACACGCUGCCGCAUGCAGCUGGUCAACGAGAUCCGCAAGGAGGAGGGGGCGCUGUCGCUCCGGUCCGACGACUCGGACAAGAAGAAGCUCCGGGAACGCAUCACCUCCUGGCCCACGAGCAGCGAAAACAGCCUGGGCGCUCUGUCGGGGGCCAGGGAGAGCUGGGAGUACGACUCCGGAGCGCGAGACCUGCAGAGCCCCGACCUCCAGCAGCAGCCCCCGCCCCAGCAGCAGCAGCAGCCGGCCCUGCAGAAGCUGCUGGAGCAGCGGGGGACCUCGCUGGAGCAGCAGGCCGCCCUCCAGAAGCUCAUGUCUCAGACCGGCACCCGCUGCGCCCCGCUGGGAGGAAACUACCUGGAGCUGGCCAACACUCUCCACCUGGCAGCCCUGGCAUCGCUGAAGGGGGACGUGGUCGAGCUGAACAAGCGCUUGCUGCAGAGCGAGAGGGAGCGGGACCUGCUGGAGAAGAGGCUGGCCAAGGCGCAGUGCGAACAGUCCCACCUGAUGCGCGAGCAUGAGGAGGUACAGGAGCGGACCACGCUGCGCUACGAGGAGAGGAUCACGGAGCUGCACAGCAUCAUCGCCGAGCUCAACAAGAAGAUAGACCUGCUGCAGGGCACCACCAUCAGAGAGGAGGAUGAGUUCUCCGAACUUCGCUCCGAGCUCAGCCACAGCCAGCAGGAGGCCAACGAGGACGGGCGCAGCGUGGACCAGGACCAGAACUCUGUAUCAAUGCCUGAGAACCAGUCCACAAUGGUUACCGCAGACAUGGAUAACUGCAGUGACCUGAACUCGGAGCUGCAGCGGGUCCUGACGGGGCUGGAGAGCGUGGUGUGCGGCCGCAAGAAGAGCACCUGCAGCCUGUCCGUUGCAGAGGUCGACCGCCACAUUGAGCAGCUGACCACCGCCAGCGAGCACUGCGACUUGGCCAUCAAGACCGUGGAGGAGAUCGAGGGCGCCCUGGGCCGGGACUUCUACCCCAGCCUGUCGGAGGAGCGCCUACGCUGGGAGAAGGAGCUGGCGGGGCUGAGGGAAGAGAACGAGAGCCUGACCGCCAUGCUGUGCAGCAAGGAGGAGGACCUGAACCGCACCAAGGCCACCAUGAACGCCAUCCGCGAGGAGCGCGACCGCCUGCGGCGACGGCAGGUCCGAGAGCUGCAGACCCGCCUCCAGAGCGUCCAGGCCACGGGCCCCUCCAGCCCUGGCCGACUGACCCCGGCCAGCCGGCCCAUCAACCCCAGCACCGGCGAGCUCAGCACCAGCAGCAGCAGCAAUGACAUCCCCGUCGCCAAGGUGGCUGAACGAGUUAAGCUCUCCAAAACGCGGUCCGAGUCGUCCUCGACCGAGAGGCCGGUCCUGGGCUCGGAGAUCAGCAGCAUCGGGGUCUCCAGCAACGUGGCCGAGCACUUGGCGCACUCCUUGCAGGACUGCUCUAACAUCCAGGAAAUCUUCCAGACACUUUACUCGCACGGCUCCGCCAUCUCAGAGAACAAAAUCCGGGAGUUCGAGGUGGAGACGGAGCGGCUGAACAGUCGCAUCGAGCACUUGAAGUCCCAGAAUGACCUGCUGACGAUCACGCUGGAGGAGUGCAAGAGCAACGCGGAGAGGAUGAGCAUGCUGGUGGGGAAGUACGAGUCCAACGCCACCGCCCUCCGCCUCGCCCUGCAGUACAGCGAGCAGUGCAUCGAGGCCUACGAGCUGCUGCUCGCCCUGGCGGAGAGCGAGCAGGGCCUGGUACUAGGCCAGUUCCGGGCGGCGGGCGUGGGGACCGUAGGUGACCAGGCGGGCGACGAGAGCAUCACUCAGAUCCUGAAGCGGGCCCACGACUGCCGCAAAACGGCUGAGAACGCGGCCAAGGACCUGUUGACGCGCUUAGAUGGGAGCUGUGGGGCGGCGUUCGCUGUGACGGGCUGCAGCGUGCAACCCUGGGAGAGCCUCUCCUCCAACAGCCACACCAGCACCACCAGCUCCACGGCCAGCAGCUGCGACACGGACUUCAGCAAGGAAGAUGAGCAGCGGCUGAAGGACUACAUCCAGCAGCUGAAGAACGACCGUGCGGCGGUCAAGCUGACCAUGCUGGAGCUGGAGAGCAUCCACAUCGACCCGCUCAGCUACGAUGUCAAGCCGCGCGGAGACUCGCAGCGGCUGGACCUGGAGAAUGCUGUGCUCAUGCAGGAGCUCAUGGCUAUGAAGGAGGAGAUGGCGGAGCUGAAGGCGCAGCUGUACCUGCUGGAGAAGGAGAAGAAGGCCCUGGAGUUGAAGCUGAGCACGCGCGAGGCACAGGAGCAGGCCUACCUGGUGCAUAUCGAGCACCUCAAGUCCGAGGUGGAGGAGCACCAGGAGCAGCGCAUGCGGUCGCUUAGCUCCACCGGCUCCAGCGGCAAGGACAAGAGCGGCAAGGAAUGCGGGGAUGGGGGCUCACCUGCUAUCACGCUGGCUGAUCUGAGGACGCUCAGUGACAGCGACCUGGCGGCAGAGCUCACGAACGCACUUAGACGGGAGAAGAAGCUGAAGAGUCGGGUGCAGGAGCUGGUGGCCGCCCUGGAGAGACUGACCAAGAGCAGUGAGGUCAGGCACCAGCAGUCUGCCGAGUUCGUCAACGACCUGAAGAGAGCAAACAGUAACCUGGUGGCAGCCUACGAGAAGGCCAAGAAGAAGCACCAGAACAAGCUGAAGAAGCUGGAGUCGCAGAUGAUGGCCAUGGUGGAGCGCCACGAGACGCAGGUGCGAAUGCUGAAGCAGCGCAUCGCCCUGCUGGAGGAGGAGAACUCGCGGCCCCACACCAACGAGACCUCACUCUGAGUGCC